AAACUAUCAUUAAAGUAUAUUUACCAGAAAGGAAAAAAUAACAUGGGUUUGAGAAAAGCAGGAGCCCUUCUGAUUCUUGUAGCCAUAUCCAUGUUUGGCAUUGGAAUGGCCAACAAGAAUUUCAGUGCAGAUUGGAAUGGAAACUGGUAUCACACUACUGGCUGGCCUUAUGGACACUGGAAAGCAGAUCAAACUUCGAAAAGAAUAAUAGUUGGUGGUUCCGAGAAUUGGCGUUUCGGGUUUAAUUAUACUGAUUGGGCUAUCAAAAAUGGUCCCUUUUACUUGAAUGACACACUCGUAUUCAAGUUUGAUCCCCCAAAUGACACUACAUUUCCUCACAGUGUUUACCUGCUGCCAAAUUUAUGGAGUUUCCAAAACUGUGAUUUGAGAAGAGCACAGAAGAUUGCACAUGUGACGCAAGGAGCAGGAGAAGGUUUUGAGUUUGUGCUUAAGAGAUGGCAGCCUUAUUAUUUUGCUUGUGGUGAACGCAACGGAUUUCAUUGCAAAAAUGGGAUGAUGAAGUUUGCCGUUUGGCCUUACUUCCGUUCGUAUUAAUGACAGAAAACAGCUUCAUACAUUUACACACACAUACCACUAUCUUCAAGCUAUUGUAUUGCUCAAUAAAUAUAUUUUUUCUUUUUUCUUUCUUGCGGGGACUGGUUUGAAUAAUGUUUGAACAAAUAAAGGAUAGAUGUCUGUCUUAAUUAGAGCAUUAAUUUCAUGUAUUGGAGAUUUGUGUUUUGUUUCCCUUUAAAGUUCAGUCUUCUUCUAUAUUUAGAGAAUAAAUGUUAUCAUGAGCUGUUACAUUA